AUGAUGAUGGGUGGUCCGAAUCCACAAAUGGGACCUGGAGGACAUGUGGGAGGAUCCAUGGACCCGCAACAUGACCAACAACAGGUCUACAAUCAAAAACUGCGAAUGCUAAGACCGUACUGCGAGAAUCUCAAGCUGCGGGCACAGCAGUGUCGCAUGGAAGGAAAUAUGGAGGCCGCCCAGAAACUGGAGACAAUGCUUGGCGUGUUGGAAGGCAGGCGUGUCGUCAGUCUGGAAUAUCUGUUGAACCUUGAAAAUUGGAUUCACAAAAAGGCUGACUUCCUGGCAGCAACCACUCACAAUCCUCAUGCGGCAGCCAUGCAAAAUGGUCAUAUGGGUAUGGCU